UUGUUCAUUGCAAAGACUGACCUUAACCAUGUGCUUUUUGGGAUUGUCUUUUUCUAUUUCUUCCUCUCGAAAAUCUGUCUUAUCUACAUUUCAGCUGUCAACUGCUCUUUGUCUCUACGGCGUGAUUUAACCCGGCUUCGCCGCUGGUUUAUUGAGUCCCGUCUAUCCAGUGAGCUGGCCUUGCGAGCGUCAUUUACCCCAACCCCUGCUUCACUCCCUCCUUGCCUUCCCAGCUCUACUUUUAUCAACAUGAUCCCAUCCCAUGGGCUUAUUGGUUCUGGUUCUGGCUCUGGCUUUUUAGCAGAUCAGACUGUAGUUAAACGUGCUAUUCAAUCAGACACCGCUUGCUCCGAUUCCGCUAAAUCCAUUGACCUACUAACUAGGUCUAGAACGGACACAGAGGCAUUCACGUCAGUAGAGGCCCUUCCUUCUAAUUAUCAUUCAUCAGAGCCUGAAAUAGCAGCCAUCAACGUUUCUCUACCCUCUGUGGCGGCCAUGGUAAGCAGCAGCCCAGAAAGCAUGGAAUCUAGCCCCACUUUAAAGAUGGCCUCAUCUAAGCCGGUACUCGCCGACGGCAGGCAAGAAGCAUUGGUAUCUGGGUUUCGCAACAAACGUGCACGCCGACGCAAGACAGCUUCAGGGCGCCGUACGAUGAAGAAUUAUUUGCUUGAACUCAACAGCGACCAGACCAAUCAAUGCGUACUUAAUGGACUCAUUUCAUCCUCCUCUUCUGCAGAUACAACUGGUUGCGAUAAAUCUGAGUUCAUUAAUCAAACUGCCAACACCUACCCUAUACCGUCAGAGUUGCCAACUCCUAGCAGCAUGCACUCAUGGCCAUUGGAGCAGAGUCCUACCUCAACACCUUUAUUGCUCUUUUCUGAGGCAUCUGAAAAAGUUGAUCUUGACGAAGUAGAUAGAAGCCAGAAGGAGAAUAAACAACUUUCAGUCCCGCUUAUUCCAACUCCGCCUUAUCUUGACGUCCAAAAAACUAAUAACGCAGCCUCUACUGUUCAGCUUGCAAAUGCCACUUCUUCUCAAAAUCGGUAA